AUGUCCGGUGAAUAUUAUUCCGAUGGCGGAACUGGAACGGCUGAAACCGAGUCCAGCUCGCCAGGUUGCUCCUUGAGCGAACGACUUCGACCCAAGAUUCGAAAGGCUCCGGAUUUGGAAGGACUGGCGGUGUUUACCUGGGGACGAGGAGAGGAUGGACAAUUGGGGUUGGGUGAUACUAGUGAUCAAGAUGAACCAACCUAUGUGGACGCCUUGAGAGGAGUGGGCGUCCGGCAGAUUGCUUGCGGGAGUGGACAUACUGUAGUAUUGUCUACGGAAGGAGAAGUGUUUACAUGGGGACGAGGUGACGAUGGACGACUCGGACAUGGAGAUAAUGGUUGGAAAUAUGUGCCUCGCAUCACGCAGAGCCUUGCAGGACAGGUAGUGACACAGGUGACUUGUGGCAGUUAUCAUACGGCAGCUGUUUCAGGAAAUGGAGACUUGUUUACUUGGGGAGGUGGCAUGUAUGGAAAGUUGGGUCAUGGAAAUGAAAUGGGGCAUUCGACACCCAAACGAGUGGAAGCGCUGGCCGGUCUCCCAGUUUCACAGAUUGCGUGUGGGUCCCGACACACUGUAGCUGUUGUUUCCAAUGGCGCACUGUACUCAUGGGGAGAUAAAGAGAAUGGAGUUGCUGGACAUGGAGACACCGAAGGACAUCAGUACACACCCAAAUUGGUCGAACGUUUGGCUGGAAAGACAAUCGUUCAGCUCUCAGCUUGCGGCUUCCAUACUUGCUGUUUGGACAACUCAUCCGAAGUGUACUCUUGGGGUGAGGGCAAAUUUGGAAGACUUGGUCAUGGUACCGAACGUAACUGCCAUACGCCUCGACUGAUUGAAGCACUUUUGGGCAAGAGUCCAAGGCAAGUGUCCUGCGGAGGAUUUCACACUGCCGUUUGCACUGAAGAUGGAGCUCUAUAUACAUUUGGUGGUGGAGAACAUGGACAAUUGGGUCACAACGAUCGUGUCAACAAGUUAACACCCACUCUAGUGGAAGCCCUCAGUGACAAGUUUGUGUCCCAAAUCACAUGCGGCUGGUCUCACAGCGUCGCAUUGACCUCACAGGGAAGAGUCUACUGUUGGGGCAACGGUGAUCAUGGUAAAUUAGGACAUGGGUCGGGCCGAAAAGUCUCUGUCCCUAAUUUGGUGGACAAGUUGAAGGAUUAUCGAGUGGUUCGUGUGGCAUCGUACAAUGAACAUACGUCAGCAUUGGUAGAACCCUUUGAUCACACCAAUGGCUUGGGUGGCGGGGUCAAUGCAGUUCCAGUCACAACUACGUAUUCGUCUCAGAUGAGAGCCUUGGUGGACGAUGAAGAGUAUUCCGAUAUCACUUUUUUGGUGGAAGGCCAAACAGUCCACGCGCACCGUGCCAUUUUGGCGCAACGCUGUGACCAUUUUGCAGCCAUGUUUCGCAGUGGCAUGAAGGAAGCAUGCGAAAGACUUGUUCCUAUUCCAGAUAUUUCCCGACGAGCAUUUUUGAUGUUGUUGGAGUACCUUUACACAGAUGCAGUCAAGGUGGACGUGGAACAUGCGAUCGAGCUGUAUAUUGCCUCGGAUAUGUAUCAGCUGGACAGGCUUCGCGACAUGUGUUGCACUGUGGUCAAGCGCAACUUGAAUGCAGAGAAUGCUGGACCGCUUUUGCAAAGUGCCAGCGAGAAUCAUUGUCAAAUCCUUCGUGACGUUUGCAUGUCCUAUGUAGUGGAGAACUUUGAUAUCGUGAGCAAGACAGAUGGCAUUAAGCAAGUUAGCCAUUCUUUGCUCUUGGAAAUUCUUUCACAAAGAUAA